UUUUUUAUUUUCUACUUUUUUUUUUCCUCUUAUUCAAACCCCUUUUUUCUCCCCUAUAAAUUCCACGUUGAGCAUACACAGGAAGCAUCCACCUAAAUACACACACAUAACCAUCCCUCUCUGUUCUCUUCUCUGCCUUCUCUCUAUAUAACCCCGUGACCCUUCUUCCCAUUUCUCAUUCUUAACAAUUUUUUUUUCUUUCUCGCAAGAGUUAUUAUUAUUAUUAAUAUUAUUAUUGUUUCAACUAUUGUUACUAUUACUAUACUUGGUGUAGAAUGACGAACCGUAAUGUGAAUAACACGCUUAUGGAGUUGGCAAUGUCGAUUUCAAACAGAAGUGCUCUACCUAGAGCUGCGGUGCCUGGACUAAUGGCCUUGUUUGGUGGGGUUUUGGGCCCACCCCAGAAGAAGCUCUUAAGGAAAACUUUAGAAGAUGGAAGUGUUAAUAAAGGAGGGAACAAAGUUAUUAACACAUGGAUUGAUUCAAUGAGAGCCUCUUCUCCCACUCGAUCUGCCAAAUCCACACAAAACAACCAAAACCAAGACCCAACAAGUCCUUGGACUCUUUACCACCCUUCGGCACUGAGCAUGUUUGAUCAUAUUGUAUGUGAGUCCAAAGGGAAGCAGAUUGUGACUUUUCUUGACUAUGAUGGAACUCUCUCCCCAAUUGUUGCAGAUCCAGAUAAAGCAUACAUGAGUAAAAAGAUGAGGGCCACAUUGAAGGACUUAGCAAGGCAUUUCCCCACCGCCAUAGUGAGUGGAAGGUGCCUAGACAAGGUGUAUAACUUUGUAAGAUUGGCAGAACUGUACUAUGCUGGGAGCCAUGGAAUGGACAUCAAGGGACCAACAAAUAAGCGAAGUACUAAGAAAGGAAACGAACAAGUGCUCUUCCAACCCGCUAGUGAAUUCUUACCCAUGAUCAAUGAGGUGUACAACAUCUUGGUGGAAAAAACAAAGUCUGUCCCUGGGGCUAAGGUAGAAAAUAACAAGUUUUGCUUGUCCGUGCACUUUCGCUGUGUUGACGAAAAGAACUGGGCAUCAUUGGGUGAACAAGUGAGUUUGGUGCUCAACGAGUACCCAAAACUUAAGCUAACUCAAGGGAGAAAAGUGCUUGAGAUUCGACCAGCCAUAAAAUGGGACAAGGGCAAGGCUCUUGAAUUCUUGCUAGAGUCACUAGGAUAUGCUAAUUCUGAUAAUGUAUUUCCAAUCUUUAUUGGUGAUGAUCGAACUGACGAAGAUGCUUUUAAGGUUUUGCGGAGGAGGGGCCAAGGGAUUGGGAUUCUUGUUUCUAAAAUUACAAAAGAAACCGAUGCUUCCUACACUUUGCAAGAUCCAACAGAGGUUGGGCAGUUUUUGAGGCAUAUGGUAGAGUGGAAAAGAACGAGUUCCCAAUACCAGAAGUUAGAUUCUAGAUGAGUUCAGGGAAAUUGGCACCAGCCCAUAAUUUGGUCAAGGGGUGGUUCCAAUUAUAUCCCUUUCUUGUUCGAAAUAGGAAAUAGUGUGUUCCAUAAUUUAAAGUUCUAGGGAGGAACAAAGUUCAAAUAGCUAGCUAGGUUCUCUCCCUAUUUCUUUUUUAAUUGUAAUCUAUUCCAUCACACGUGCGCAUGCGCAUGCGAAUAGAGAAAGAACUGAUGUUUUAUGCCGCAAUUGCGAGUGGCGCGUCAACCUUCUUGCUCUGAAUUGUACUUGUCGUACGUGUGGAAAAUGUGGUAUUGAAAAUGAAAAUCACCAACUUCAACUCCAAAAGGUGAUUUAGACAAUCACAAGUGCCAAACGACUUUGUACCAAAAUUUAUAUAAAAAAAAAUGCAAAAUAAAUUUAUUUAUAA